AUGGAAUACGUCAUGAUCACCGCCUAUGGGGCUUUUCACAUGACAUCGCUUAUCGACAUCAGGCACAUCUCGUUCAUGUGUUAUCCGCGUACUUGCUCCGGCGAAUGCGAACCUUUGGACCCGGCCAACUUUGCGAAGGGGUCCAAGUUCGAGCACUGCCGUGCUUAUGAAUAUCAACAACGUCGGGUGCGCAAUUUAUAG